AUCUAAUGUAAGAUAGUGGGAGCAAAUGACAAGACCUAUAUUAUCUCAUGACAACUCUUUUUUCCAUUUCUCCGCAGUUCCUUUGCCCCACAUCUUCCUGAAUGACUGAUGAUGAUGGCAUAAUGUCGGGGCACUGGAAUGCCUCUGAGAACUACCCGCUCAACGACAAUGCCAGCGUCAUUGUGCCCAUCGUCUUCUCUUUGAUCUUCCUGCUCGGGACGAUCGGCAACAGCUUGGUCCUCGCCGUGCUCUUCAGGAAUGGCCAGAUGGGACACAACACGACCAACCUCUUCAUUCUCAACCUGAGCGUGGCCGAUUUCUUCUUCAUCAUAUUUUGCGUCCCAUUUCAAGCCACGAUCUACACCCUGGAAGGCUGGGUCUUUGGCUCUUUCAUGUGCAAGGCUGUCCACUUCUUCAUCUACCUGGCAAUGUACGCAAGCAGCUUCACACUAGCCGCCGUUUCAGUGGACAGAUACCUGGCUAUCCGAUACCCCCUCCGGUCACGGGAACUGCGCACUCCCUGCAACGCCAUUACCGUCAUGGUGGUCAUAUGGGGUCUUUCCAUCGUCUUUGCUGGCCCCUACCUGAGCUACUAUGACCUUAUCCCUUACGAAUGGUUCUACAUCUGCAUGCCGGCAUGGCAGGAGCCAAAGAGAAAGAUCAUGGACACGUCCACAUUCAUAUUUGGAUAUAUCGUCCCCGUGGCCAUCAUAAGCCUGUCUUAUGCUAGGACCAUCAAGUUCCUCUGGACUGCUGUAGACCCAAUAGAAUAUAUAUCUGAGUCCAAGAAGGCCAAGAGGAAGGUGACCAAGAUGGUCAUCAUAGUGACCGUGCUGUUCUGUCUCUGCUGGCUCCCUCAUCACGUCCUGAUCCUGUGCUUCCACUACGGACACUUCCCCUUCAACCAGGCCACCUACGCCUUCAGGCUCCUGUCUCACUGCAUGGCCUACGUCAACUCCUGCCUCAACCCCAUUGUCUACGCCCUGGUUUCCAAGCACUUCCGCAAAGGCUUCAAGAAGGUGUUCACCUGCCUGCUGAGCAAGAAGGGCACGAAUAAGGUUCACAUGGUCCACGUGGUCAGCGGAGCCACGGACGUCUCGCACCUGAACGACGAGAAUGCUCGGCAGCACGGCUGUGAGCUGAGGGACCGGCAGCCCUCCGGGGCCCAGGGACGAGCCAUGACCAUCACCAUGCCCUGUCGCCAGCCCUCCUGAAAACAGAACAGCAGCCAUUCAACGACUCAUCCUUCGGCCCACCGUGUCCGCACCAACCAGCGAUCCCCGCACGCUAACGCUACCCUCCACCCAACUAGGGACAAUUUACAUUUAUACCAAGUCAAUUAACCUGCAAACCUGUACGUCUUUGGAAUGUGGAAGGAAACCGAAGACUUCGGAGAGAAAACCCAUGCGGUCACGGGCAGAAUGUGCAAACUCCACACAGACAGCAAGUGCAGUCGGGAUUGAACCCAGCUUUCGGCGCUGCAAGGCAGCAACUCUAACUCAACUCUGCGCCACCGCGCCACACGUAUACCUUCACUGUGUACAGUUCAUUUGUUCCUACUUGGUUCUUAAAAGUGUGAAUGAUUGCGGUGGAAGAAUAUUGUGGUGGCAUGUAAGAAACAAGUGAAUAUUUAUUUGUCCGCGGGAUGUUCCACUAAGUGACUACGGCUCAUUCCCAGCACACAAUCUCCGUUACCCCAAACACGCAGGCAGUCCAAACACUCAUCUGAAGGCUUUCUCCAAGGCACUUAUCAUUCCAGCAGGGAAACCAAUGGUUCUUGGGUGGAAACCUUGGCAAUCUCUUUCUAAUAGAACUUUUGUUUAGUUUAGUUUACGGAUUCAGGCCCAUCGGCCCAUCUAGUCUGUGCCGGCCAGCGAUCACCCCAUACACCAACACUAUCCUACACAAUAGGGACAAUUUACAAUUUUUCCGAAGCCAAUUAACCUACAAACUUGUAUGUCUUUGGAGCAUGGGGGGAAACCGGAGCACCUGGAGAAAACCCACACGGUCACGGGGAGAAUAUAAAAACUCCGUACAAAUUUCACCCGUAGUCAGGAUCAAACCUGGGUCUCUGGUGCAGUAAGGCAGCAACUCUACCGCUGCGCCACCACGCUGCCCCAACUGGUUUGCUGGCCCCUACCAAUUAAACUGCUCCGGUUU